UAUAAACAAAGGAAAUUGGUUUCUCUGCCGUUCAUGAAUCAUGUCAAUCAUUCAGAUAAGAGCGUUGAAAAAUUAAAAGCCGUUCUGGUGAAAGAUGUCCGCUCUCUUGGCACAACACCUGUGAACCAUAAUGUCGUUUCCCCUGUCGCCCAAAAAUCUAGCCUUUUAUCUUCUUCAUAUCCUCAACGAAUAUCGCAUAAUCCUCCUUCAUGUUCAUCGAUGUCAUCAUCAUGUCCAACUUUUCUGUCCAUCACUUUACAUACCCCUAGCUUUAGCGUAAAAAAGUCUAAACGAAUCAAUCCAUCAUCAACUAGUGAAAAUAUUGGUUCUUCAAGUUGUUGCGCGUUUACUCAAGAUUUAUUUGCUAUAUGUGAAUAUUUUAAUAGUUCUCCAAGU